AUGUCGCGUUCGGGAGCUGCUUUUCAGCUAGGUGGUGUCGAGAUGAGUCACUGCCCUCCGUCCUCGCGCGCACGGAGGGCCACAGCAACGGACCAGGUGGUUGGAUUUGGCUUGGUAGCCUUCAGCCUCGCUCUCUUCGUUUACUACACCAUCUGGAUCAUCAUACUGCCGUUCAUCGACAGCGACCACGGCCUCCACCGGUACUUCCUGCCCAGGGAAUACGCCGUUAUCAUCCCCGUGGUGGCUGGGCUCCUGCUGCUGCUGUUUAUAGGCAUUUUCAUAGUGGUUGUGAUGUGGAAAAACAGGAAACCUGCAAAGAAAUCGGACUGA